AGGAGUUAGUGCGUGUUGAGAGAGCGGGUACUGCGAACUGCCUUACUAUGCUGUAGCCCCACUCCCCCUACACUAUACGGAAUCAAAACGUGCAACUUAGGUUUCAUCUUGUUUACAAAGAUAGCUAAAAACACUGCUGAGCGGGGAAGGCGAGCCUCAUGAGUCGGCCUCGUGGAUUGCAUCGACAUUAUGGAUUUAACUAAAAUGGGUAUGAUCCAGCUCCAGAACCCCAACCACCCCACUGCCCUGCUGCAGAAGGCCAACCAGAUGCGUCUGGCCGGGACUCUCUGUGACGUGGUCAUCAUGGUGGACAGCCAGGAGUUCCACGCUCACCGGACUGUGCUUGCCUGCACAAGCAAAAUGUUUGAGAUCCUCUUCCACCGCAGCAGCCAGCAUUACACCCUGGACUUUCUUUCACCAAAGACUUUUCAGCAGAUUUUGGAGUAUGCUUACACUGCCACACUCCAGGCCAAGGUGGAGGACUUAGAUGACCUUCUGUAUGCAGCAGAGAUCCUGGAGAUUGAAUACCUGGAGGAGCAAUGCCUCAAGAUCCUGGAAACCAUCCAGUCCUCAGAUGAGAAUGACGUGGAGGUCAACGUUAACGAUGGGAGCACAGAGGACGAUGAUGAGCGCAAAGGCCACAAUGGAGCCAAGAACUCCAAAAAGCAUUCCAUGGAGAGCCCUUGUCUGUCGAGUGCCCAGCAAGCCUCCAUCAUGGCUAGCAUGGUGGACCAGAGUCCCUCGGUCUCCACCUCCUUCGGCGUCUCCACCCUGAGUCCCACCAAAGCAGCCGUGGACAGCCUGAUGAGCAUCGGCCAGUCUCUGCUCCAGCAGGGCUACGGGGGUGAACAUCUCAUCCACGGCAACUCCCACCACCUGAUGACCGAGAUCAAGACGGAAAUGAUGCAAGUGGACAUGGGUGGGAACGGCCACGACAGCCCUCCGAACAUGGAGUCCAGUGCUUCCAGCAAUGGAGAGCGAAGUGGUGAGGACAGGAACCGAGAUGGUCCGGGAACACCAACCAGGAGCAGCGUAAUAACCAGUGCCCGCGAGCUUCAUUACGUCCGCGAUGAAGGCAUGGGCGAUCCUCAAGCUGACGCCAGCCAGAUGGGGCUGGAAGCAAUGGCCGGGAUGACGGAGAAACAUCUGGCCUCGCUCUACUCCCUACCUGUCAAUCAUAAAGCAGAUGCCAUCAUGUCCAUGCCGGCAUCCAUGGCCUCCACUCUCCCAAUGUCCCCAGCCCUGGCAAUGUCUAUGGACUUCAGUGCCUACGGGGGACUCCUGCCUCAGAGCUUCAUCCAGAGAGAGUUCUUCAGCAAGCUCGGGGAGCUGGCAGUGGGCAUGAAACCAGACGGCAGGAACCAGCACGAACGUUGCAAUGUUUGCGGUGCAGAACUACCAGAUAACGAAGCUGUGGAGCAGCACAGGAAGAUGCACAGUGGAAUGAAGACCUACGGCUGUGAGCUGUGUGGAAAGAGCUUCCUGGACAGUCUCCGUCUACGGAUGCAUUUGCUGUCUCAUUCAGCUGGUGAGAAGGCCAUCGUUUGUGACCAGUGUGGUGCCCAGUUCCAGACAGAGGAAUCCCUGGAGGCUCAUCGGCAGAUCCACACCGGCUCCGACAUGGCCAUCUUUUGCCUGCUUUGUGGGAAGCGUUUCCAGACCCAGACAGCACUGCAGCAGCACAUGGAAGUCCACGCCGGCGUUCGCAGCUACAUUUGCAGUGAAUGCAACCGGACUUUCCCCAGCCAUACUGCACUCAAACGUCACCUACGCUCACACACAGCAGGGGACCAUCCAUUUGAGUGCGAGUUCUGCGGGAGCUGCUUCCGAGAUGAGAGCACGCUGAAGGGCCACAAACGCAUCCACACCGGGGAGAAGCCCUAUGAAUGUAACGGCUGUGGGAAGAAGUUCAGCCUCAAGCACCAGCUGGAAACCCACUACCGUGUGCACACAGGUGAGAAGCCAUUCGAGUGCAAGCUGUGCCACCAGCGAUCCAGGGACUACUCGGCCAUGAUCAAGCACCUGCGCACCCACAACGGCGCCUCGCCCUACCAAUGCACCAUCUGCCUGGAGUACUGCCCCAGCCUGUCAGCCAUGCAGAAGCACAUGAAAGGCCACAAGCCCGAAGACAUCCCGCCAGACUGGCGCAUAGAGAAGACCUACCUGUACCUCUGCUAUGUCUGAGGCCGGGAGAGCGAAUGAAGAGAGGGAGGGUAUGUGUGAGGGUAGGGGGCAGGGGUUGAGAGGUAAGGGGAAUGUAAUUCAGCGGAUAGGAUGCUGUGGUGGAGUGUUGACGAUGUAGGAAUGUCAACGGCAAGAGACUUGAAAGCAAGAGGGUUUGUUUUCUCUUUUUACUUUUCAUGCAAAGGCGGCGGCGACCAGUGGGGUAAAAGGGUGGUGAUUGUGGGACAGAAGUGCUAAGGAGAGAAAGACUUGGACACGGAGAGAGAUUCUCCACCAUAGUUCGGAUUCACCGGGUCAUUCACUACAUCUGCAACUGUGUUAUUGUUUCAGGUCAUUUCAUGCAGCGCCAUACAGCAAGCGAGCUGCAAGGAAGUGACUUUUUGGAUGCUGCUGCGAGUGAGAAAGCAGAUUCUCAAGGGCUAUCUGAACCUGCACAUCCUUGCCAUCACUCCAUUUUGAGUUCUUUUACUUUCCAAACGGAGGAAAGGCUUUUUUUUUUGUUUUACUUUGGUAUUGGUUUGUUUACAUUUGCAUUGCUUAGUCAUACUAGUUUGGAUCACAUGAGCAAUAUGUGAAUAUGAGCAGCAGUUUAGGCCCCCAUUUAAUCAUGUCAUGGGUUGCUUUCCAAGUAUUGAGGAACUGCUGGCUUUCAGAAGCCAAAACCCUUCUUGUCAUGGUAGUUAUCUUGUAGGAGAAUUGAGAUGUUAUUUUCAACAGUUUUCAACUCAUCAAGAAGCAUUUGAAGAGCUUGAGUGAACUGCUUCAGGUGAGCAAGCCCCUAAUUCUUCCCAUCCCUAACAGGAGAUGUAUCUGUUUUGCAAACUUGUGUCAUUUCUGCCUGUGCAUUAGACACAGAUCUUCCCAAUUUUCUGCCAGUACCAUACCCAGAUCCUUUGGAUCCCAGCAGUGGCAGUGAGAUAGCCCCUGAGAAUCAGCAGUGGAGCAGAGCCGGUGGGUAUAUGCAGUACAUGAAACAGUUGAACUGGAUGAAUGGGAGCACUAAAAUACUGCAAACCAAGCACCUGUUUGGUUGU